UGUGUAUCUGUGUUUAUAUUGUACAUUUAUAAUAGGACCGGCAAAAGAUGAAACAAAUUAUCCGAAUAAAAAUGAUAUAAUUUAUGGCUAGAAAAACAUGGUUAUUAAUAAUGCAUCCCUAUUCAGCAUGAAUCAAAUAAUGAUGAUGAUGAUGAUGAUGAUGAUUCAAGACAUAUAUUAGUACACCAAAAUUUUGAAUAUUAUGAGUGAUAAAAACUUUUCAAGAAUUUCAUAAAGGGUCAUGUAAUGAAAAAUUUUCACUCAACCAUAUAUUGUCACACUCUGAAUGUUAAUGGUUAGAAAAAGCUUAAAUUUUUUUUUUAUAUUUUAUUUCUGAUGAUCUGGUCUACUUGUUUGCAUCAUUGUUAUUUAUUUUGUACUGAAUCACUAUAGAAUACGUUUUAUCUUAUUCAGAUUGUUUUGAUGCAUCGUUGCAUGUCAUCUUCAGGCAUAUAUAAAGUUCGCGAUAGGCAUCUUAAAUGCUUUUUUUUCAAUCAUCAUUCAUGACGGUUACAUCAGACAAUUCAGGAUCAAAACAUUUUCAAUCAUCAUGUUUUUAUCGUUAAUAAGAAUUUGGUCACGACAAGUUUUAAUUCUAUUAUGGCCAAUGAUUAUAAUCCUUUUGGGAGGUGGAUGUUUUUUUCAACAUUGUUUUGCAUUCAUCGGUGAUGGUAAUGGUGAGAAUUCAACAUUAAUCAACCAUCAUUACUUUCCAUUAUCAUCUUUAAAUCUUAUGAUGAUGAAUCAAAGUUCUUGGCCAAUUGAUCACUACGACAACGACGACGAUGACCAUCCAACAAAUCGAGAUAAUAUAAAUUUUUUCGAUCAAAUCAAUGCAAAAAAUCACCGACCUUCAAACUUUAUAUCACCAGCUGAAAGUCAAUCACGUGUAGCAAUAGCAUCGCCUGAUGAUGAAAAUGAUUAUGAUCACAAUUACAAUCAAAAACAUUUAAAUCGCUUACAUGUUUCGGCUAAAUCGACCAAUCCAAAUGUUUAUUAUUAUAGCCCAAAAAAUUAUGGACGAUUAUCAAAUCAUUCAUUAUCAAUGAUAACAUCAACUCCUGGAACUACAAUUGAAACUCAACAAACUGCCUCGCAACAUCUUAAUACACCAGAUACAAAAUCGACAUAUUCAUUGCCAUCAUCAUCAGUGAUGACAUCUAUGGACAAAUCUGGUAAAAUCCGAUUUGAAUCGAAUGAUCCAUCAUCGUCAUCAUCAUCCACCUCAGCAUCAGCAUCAUCGUCAGCAGGGAAAACAUUAUUGAUUCAUAAAUUCUAUAAUCGUGAUUUAUCACAAAUGACGGCCGCUUUGAAUAAACACACGGGCAAUAAUGUUCCAGAAAUAUUCAUUUCAAGUGGAGGUUUGAAUCAAAAUCGUUUAAGUUCAACUGGUCCUAGCAAAUCGGAACAAUCAACUAUGGAUCAAGAUAAUGAAAAUAUCACUUAUGAUGACGAUGAUGAGGAAGGCGAUAUAAUUCACCAUAAUGAUCAAGAUGGUGAUGACCAACUGUCACCACCAUCUUCAAGUGUAACAUAUAAUUAUAAUCGUUAUAGAAAAUUACCAUCGGAUAAUGACCGUGGUGACAGUGGUUCAUCAUCAUCGGCAAUUAAAGGCAUAUAUCGUUUACAUAAUCCCAAUAGUUCGUCAAGUAGUCCAAGAUUAUUACGAAGAUAUUAUACGACGGGACGAUCACAGUCAUCAUCGAUACCAGUACCGGCUACUGUAAGACAUAUGCAAACAUCACAUUCUCAUCCGAUGCCACAUUAUUAUCUACCAUCAUCGGUUCUAUCCACACAUUCGCAUGGAAUGUAUGAUACAUCAUUAGGUGGCCAUCAUGGUUCAAGUCAUCAUCAUAUAAGUUUACCUGAAAAAUCUGGUACAUGGUUAGGAUCAGGAUUGGCUGCUGGUAUUUUGAUUGGUGCCAUACCAUUUGGUAUUAUGAUGGCAUCGAUGAUGCCAACUUUGUUUACCGGUUCCAUGCCGAUUGUCAAUACAGCUGCUGUAGGCAAACGACGUCGUCGUAGAAGUAUAUUAGAUGAUUGGGCAACAAUUAUCGGCCAACAACAAUCGACAAACGGUAGACGAUCGAUUAGUCUAUUCGAUCAUACAACAAUGGACAAAUUAGGUGUAUUCAUAAGAAAAGGUAUUACCGACAUAAUAGAAUUGUUGAAUGAACAUCAUGAUAAUUAUGGUCAUGAUAUGGCCAAGAAUAAUCAUCGGGUACCAUUUGAUCGAAAUGAUGGUGUCCAACAACAACAACAACAACAACAACAGCCAAAGCCAUCAUAUUUAUAUUCGGAUGGUAAUGACAAUGACAAUCGUAGCAAUUUGCUUAUCAAAACCAUAGCUAAAUAUGCAUUGGCUGCAUUGGAUGAACCAAAAUGUAUCAAAGAAAUGUUAUGUUCAUUGAUGGCCGAUGGUCGACAUGCACGAACAACACCAUGGCAAAAGACCAUAUAUUUACUGAUCAAAUGGUUACCAAAAAAUUUCGAAAGAAGUAUCGGUCUCGAUGAUCUAUUCACAGCUGUACGACGUAAUUCCUGUCUACAAUCAUAUCGAUGUCCAAUUACAAUUCAUCAAUUGAAUACAAAUCAAAAUAAUAAUGAUCGUCAUCCAAAUAAUCAUCAUCAUCAUCAUCACGACAACAUCAUUCAUCAUCAUCAUAGACACAUAUCUAACCGAGGUCAUCCAUAAAAUUAUUUCUUCGACUGCAUAUAUGAUAAUAAUAAGACUAAAUAAUGAAAAUUAGGCCAAAGCUAAAAAAUUUUUAUUUCAUGCUAUUUUCGUUUCUGUCUUGGACCAAAGUUUACUUCUUUUUUCAAUUUAUAUGUAGAUGAAAUAAACCAAAAACAAAAACAAAACAAAAAAAAGAAAAAUUUAAUGAGA